CCUGAUCCAAACUGGAAAAAGUUGUCAAUUCAUCUCUAUAGAGCCAGGGAGACUGAUGCCGUACGGAUAGCAAGACCUCACAUUCAAACUGUGACUGACCCCAGCCUGAACUCAGCCAACAUCCUACAAGUCAUGCACCAUGUCCCACUAUGGGGGAGAGACGAUUCCUACAAGUCUCUUGACAUGCCACAGAGCCAGCAUGAUGAGAUAGUAGAAAAGUUCCAUGGUGAGGAGGCGAAGCAAGAACUGAUUACUGCAUGGCUAGACGGUCACCCCUGCCCUGCUGGGAGCACGUGAGGAAUCUCCUGAGGGAUGGAGUUGGAGAUGAGGUGGGAAAGAGAGCAGCAGAGGAGGUGGAGGAGACAUACCUCAAGA